AUGGCUCUUCUGCCCAGCCUUGGGGCAGAGACCUGGGUGCUCCUGGCAACCUGCGGUGCCCUCUUGCUGCUGUAUGGGAUAUGGCCAUAUAAUUUUUUUAGGAAGCUGGGUAUUCCUGGACCCAGGCCUCUGCCAUUUGUUGGGACAUUUUUGGAAUAUCGAAAGGGAAUGUUAGAAUUUGACCUGGAAUGUUCUAAGAAAUAUGGCAAAAUAUGGGGCAUCUAUCACGGCAGACAGCCUGUCCUGGCCAUCACGGACCCUGUUCUCAUCAAGACGGUUCUGGUCAAGGAGUUCUACACUGUUUUUACCAACCGACGGAACUUGGGUUUAAAUGGAGAUUUGAUAUCUAGCAUCAGCAUCGCAGAUGAUGAAAAGUGGAAGUGGAUCAGAGCCCUUCUCUCUCCAGCCUUCAGCAGCGGGAAGCUCAAGAAAAUGUUUCCCCUCAUCAAACACCAUGCAGACAUGCUGGUGCAAAACCUUGAGAAGAAAGCCCGGGCUGAGGCAGUGAACAUGACAGAGAUUUUUGGAGCCUACAGUCUGGAUGUCAUCGCCAGCACUUCCUUUGGUGUGGACAUUGAUUCCAUCAACAACCCGGAUGAUAUUCUUCACCACCACGUUAAGAAGUUGAUCUCCUUCCCUUUUAAUAACCCCCUGAUCUUCCUCAUAGAGUUGUUCCCUUUCCUUGUGCCAUUGCUGGAAAGGAUGGAUGUGUCUCUGCUUUCCUGGAAGGAGCGUGACUUCUUUGUGAAUGUAACCCAGCGUCUUAAGGAGCAACGGCAAGCAAGUGGAUGCAGGGACUGUGUGGAUUUGCUACAGCUAAUGAUCGAUUCCCAGGCCACGGGCAGCCCAGAAUCCAGCGAGGCAAACCAGUCCCCUACAGCUUUGACAGACAUGGAGAUUGCUGCUCAAGUCAUCACCUUUAUUUUUGCUGGCUAUGAGACCUCAAGCUUAACCCUCAGCUUCAUAUCUUACAACCUUGCUACUCAUCCUGAGGUGCAAGAGAGGCUUCAAGAGGAGAUAGACAGUGCCUUGCCCAACAAGGCAGACCCGACCUACGAGGUCCUCUUCCAGAUGGAGUAUCUGGAUAUGGUGGUAAAUGAGACUCUACGGCUCUUCCCUCUGGGGGGACGUCUGGAGAGGGUCUGCAAGAAGACUGUUGAGAUCAACGGGGUGACCAUCCCCAAGGGAACGAUGGUGGUCAUUCCCACCUAUGUUCUGAAUCACAAUUCUGAGUACUGGCCUGAGCCCGAGGAGUUCUGUCCUGAGAGGUUCAGUAAGGAGAACAAGAAGAGGCUGGACCCCUAUGUGUUCCUCCCCUUUGGGAUCGGGCCUCGGAACUGCAUUGGCAUGAGGUUUGCGCUCCUUGCCCUAAAAGCCGCCCUUGUCCUGCUUCUGCAGAACUUCUCCUUGGAGACAUGCAAAGACACCCCAAUCCCCUUAGAGCUGGACACCAACAGCUUCAUGGUACCCAAGAAACCCAUCUUUCUGAAGCUCACGCCCAGAAUGAAGGCUGUGUCCCAGGAGUGAAAAGCAAGGACUCCGGGCCAAGGAGAGCUCCAUCCACCCUGUCUGCACCCUGAAAGGGAUGCUGAGGGAUCUUGGGUCCCAGGAAUAACGUGCCACUUGGGUUGAGUUGUAUGUUGGCCUGUCUCCCCAGAUGCCAUGCUCAGUACCUGGACAA